AUGAGGGAACCCACAAGUAGAGAAAAAAAAGAAAAGGAUGUAUCGGAAUAUUUGUCCAAUAUGGGCUCCAAUAUGGAGGCCAAUGUCGAUGCUGAUGUUGAUAUAGAAACCGAUGCAGGUGCUUGUGAGAAGGGGCUGACAGGAGAAGGUGACAUUCAGAAGGAUGAGGAAAAGUGCAAGGAUUUCAGGAACGAAGAGAAUAUCGGGAAAAUGAACAAGACGUCGAACGGUAGGAGUGGUAGCAAUGGUGUGCAUGGUAAAGAUGUUAAUGAUGAUGACACACAUGGUGAGAAAUGUAUGGCACCAAAUGUGGAUACAAGUGAAAAUGUAUCUUUGAACGAAUUGAAAAAUAUGGAUAUGGGGAGGAGAGAAAAAGAAGAAAUUAAUGAAUUGUGUGAAGAUGAACUAAAUGAAAUGUUUGACGAUUUUUUAAAAGAUAUAGAGAACAUUUCUUCGAAUAAGGACAACGAACAAGAGCGUAAAAAAAUAAACAAAGGUGAUGCACAAAGUGAAAUAACUAGAUUAUUAGCAAAUAAAAAUAGUUCUCCCUUUGAAAUAUUUGAUAUACAUGAAGACAUAAAUAUGGAAGAGAUUAAAAGUAAGUAUAGGAGAUUGUCCGUUUUAAUUCAUCCGGAUAAAUGCAAAAUUGAGAAAGCUAAUGAAGCCUUUCAUAUUUUAAACAAAGCAUAUGAAGAGUUAAAAAGAGAUGAUAUAAAAGAACAAUAUAAAAGUGUUUACGAGACAGCAAAAAAGAAUAUUAUAAAAAAAUUAAAUUUAAAGAAGAAAAAAAAUGAAUUAAACGAAUAUCUAAACAAAAAGGAAGAGGAGUAUGAAAUUACAAAAGAAAUACAACUAUUGAUUAAUGAAGAAUGUGAAAUUCUUUUAAAGGUGCAAAAGGAAAAACUAGAAUAUGCAGAGAAAUGUAAACAAGCCAAUUUGCAAUAUGCUAGGGAUAAGGAAGAAGAAAAAUUGAAGGAAGAGCUAAAAAAGGAAGAGGAAAGAAAAUUAUGGAUGCAGGGGAGAGACGAAAGAGUAAAUAGUUGGAAAAAUUAUAAGAAAGACAAUUUAAAAACGGAGAAAGAAUUUCUUAUUUAUAAAAAUGUUGGAAAAAAGAAAGAAGAACGAACAGAAGAGGAAAAGGAGCAAUUGAAAAAACUUCCCGCCACAAGUCGUAUAGAAAGCGAUGUACAAAAAAAGAGGAGAAAAAACUGA